CCCACUCUCCCCCCAAUCGGCAAAGCGGAAAUUGAGAGUCUUGAGAGUUUGGAGUGCUAAAAAGCCGAAGGCAGCAAAAUCUUCAAAGACCAUAAACAAAAUUUCUAGGCGACAUCCAGCUUCCAUCUUCUCUGAUUUUCUUACCAUUGACAAAGUAGAAAAGCAAAUGGCUGCUGGCAGGGUGGCUCACGUCACACUUAAAGGACCGAGUGUGGUCAAGGAGAUAUUGACAGGAAUGGGACUUGCUUUGUUUGCUGGUAGCUUUUGGAAAAUGCAUCAAUGGAAUGAGCAGAGGAAAGUGAGAGCUUUCUAUGAUCUACUGGAGAAGGGUGAGAUCGGUGUCGUUGUUGAUGAAGAAUAGAUUUUACACUCAUCAUGAUAUUAUGGAACACAUUCACCAGCUUGUUUAUCAUUUUUUUUUUGAAAACCUCGUUGUAUUGCUCUUGGAUUAGAGAUGACAUGUUUAUCUUUUGCAACCAUUUCUGCAAAUAAGAACAUGAUAGACAGAUUUUGGACUUAAUAAACUUUAUUUCAUGAUUUGUUUUUCUUUUGUGCA